GGCCGCUAUCUUUGACGUCAUAUCCGGCGGAAGCAGUUAUUUGGAAGCUAACGUUGAAGAAUUUGCUGCCAUUAAAAUUUUUUUUUAUUUAUUGCUAUAUACAUAUAUAUAUAUAUUUUUAAACAGAUGUCAAGAUGCUCCUUACAGUUAAACCGCUUCAAGGGAAAGAAUGUAACAUUCAGGUUACAGAAAACGAGAAGGUGUCGACAGUGAAGGAACUGGUGUUUGAGCGCUUGAAAAUACCCCCACAUCAGCAGCGACUGCUCUACAAAGGCAAAGCCCUGGCAGACGAAUACAGAUUGAGCGAUUACGCCAUCGGUCCAGAGGCCAAGCUGAACCUGGUGGUGCGGCCGACUGGAGAGAGAAACGGCGGGGCGGCGGUCAGCACUAACUGCACUAAUACCAGUACCACCAGCAGCAGUGGGAGCACUGGAAGUGGAGUAUGGCAGUUACUGUCCACCGUCCUGGCCAAACACUUCAGUCCUGCAGAUGCAGCCAAAGUCCAGGAGCAGCUCAUUAAGGAUUAUGAACGUUCUCUCAGACAGCUCAGCCUAGACGAUAUCGAGCGCCUGGCUGGACGUCUGCUGCAUCCUGAGGCAGAGGGAAUGGACACGUCAUACAUGGACUGAGACGAGCUACAGCAUAUCCACACACACACACACACACACACACACACACGAGAGCACACUUUAAAAGCAGCAACACAGCAACCUGAUGCUUGCUUAAAUGUUUGCGAUGAGGACAUUUAGGAACAACAGGACUGUAAGACCACGUCAGCUUACUUCAGGUUGGCCACACGUGACCGUGGCUCAACGAAAAGAAAAAAAAAAUCUCAGAAGAUUCCUAACCAGUCUUUUGAACAGUAAUUAAGUGUCAUGAGCAGCACUUUUAUGUGCUCCAUGUUUCCUUUUUUUUUCUUUUCUUCCUGCUUUCAGACGUCCAGCCUUUGUUUUAGUUUUUUUUUUUUUAGAAACUCUUUGAGCGGAUGAAAUUCAAGACGUUUUAACAGACAUGCCUUCUCGUUUGAGUGUCAUACUUUUCAUAAAAGGGACAAACCUCCUGCAGUGCCUACAGUAGCACCUGGUUUAUGCAGGAAGGCAGUAUAAUCUCAACACGAAUACAGAUUAAGCCUCGUGCAUGAAGUGAGGUCGUGUUUUUAAUCUGCCCUCGCCAACUUCCUCUGAAGAUUUCAUCGGUCAGGGAAUCCCUGUGUCCUUUUUAAGGACCGCUCCAGUGCUUUAUAAGAACGAGUGUGGUUUGUCAGACGACCCAUUGGACACUCGAAGGAUCGAGUUUGACACAGUCGUAGAAUUGAGGAACAGAACUUGCCCAUGGGAUUACGAUUUCCUUUUUAAACCUGUAUAAAAAAUUUUUUUUUAAAUGGUGGAAGGAUAUAGUAUAAAAAGAGUAUAAGAUCUGCGUUGCAGCUACUCUAUACCUCAGCGUUUACAUAACUACAGUACAUUGUCCUGCUGGCUAGUUCGCAUGUUCACAGGAAAUAAACAGGAUGGGUUGCCAUGGAAAUUUUCAUUCUAUUUCAACCAAAAUCAGCUUAAAACUGAAGAACGGUGUUUUUAAACACAGUAUUGAAAUGCAGGGUUAAUUAUGUAUUUAGUUUGAACGGUCAUGUGAUGUAUAUUUCAUGCUCAGAGUUUUCAGUCUACAUAUGCUGCUUAAUGGUAUGUUUGGAUGCUUUAUGAACCUAUUUAUGAUCGUCAAGGAGUUCCAUUCAUCACUACUGACCACUAAGUUAGUGUUGGGCCAUGUAUAGGUAAGCACUCCGAAUUUUGUAAAUACUGUUUAUUCUUAUUAUUAAAAAUGACGACAAAAUCGUGACUGGCUUUAUCUAGUUCUUUUGUAGACGUUAUUAUCUAUAGUGUUUUUGUUCCUCUUCUACAAUAGUAAUGUGCCCACAAUUGCAGCUUUUUAAUUUAUUAAUGAAUGACAAGAUCAUACCUUUUUUUUUUUUUUUUUUUUUUUAUACAUUUUGUUUGUUCCCUCUCUUGUGAAAGUUAGUAAAGACAGGGAACACUGCUGGUCAUGUUACGUGGUGGAAAACCUACAACGGAGCCUGAAAUAAACGACUUCUUACAGUAAACCUCA